CUCCUUCAAAGCGAGAAGCGCCCCCCGUCCUUGAUCAGCAACUAUCAACCGUUGUUUUCCCCUCAAAAUUUCCCGCGAAACCACCACCACAAGUCCAAGCCCGGGAUUCCAGGCAGGCACAGUCCAGUCUACGCUCAAUUCCACUUCUCCUGUUCCGUACAAGUUGCCGACUCCUCACUUCAGUCCACGGCCUGCUUGCUGGCACGGUACUCGGUCUACUGCUGCUUACCAACCUACUACCUUAUCACCCGGGUUACCAACGAACGAGCACUGCCCUGACACUGCUGGUCGCGGUCACUGUCCAACCGCUCCGCUAGCUGUUGCGCGCAACUACCACUUCCACUGCAGUUCCAGGUCCAUUUCCAGUUCAAGUCCUGUCGUCCCUAUUCAUCCUCACACCCAACCAUCAACUUUUUUUUUUUUUUUUUUUUCUGAGCUUUUCCACCUUUCUCUCCUCGUCUCUAAUUACUACUCCUCGCUUCAUUCCACCUGUUCGUCCAAUCCUUCCGUCAACGCAAUCCAACGCACGCGCUCUACUACUCUAUCGAUCGCAUCGCUCGUCUGCCGCUUGGCCUUUCGCAAGCCUGCUGGUACCUCCAGGUUGACCGCCCCUCUAACGCAUCUUCUCGUACCUCUCUACCCGACAUACUCUCGACCAACCCCCAACUGUGUGUACAGUUGCAACGGCGACGACUCCAAUCCCGAAACGCAAUAUCCGAUAGAUCUUCAUCGAUAGCAAUUCGCAAUUGAAUAACCCAAGAGCAUCGCCUACCACACACCGUCGACAGCGCAGAGACCCAGGGGGCUCGAGGUCCUCUCAGGCGAAGUGAGCUUGGUUUGGACAAACACAAGGCUCAGGAUAUUUACAGCCAUUACCCAAAAUGGCAUCAGGCAGCCCUCAGAAUGUCAUCCGCAGGAAACUCGUCAUUAUCGGCGACGGUGCUUGCGGAAAAACCAGUCUACUGAGCGUCUUCACUUUGGGUUUUUUCCCAGCCACAUAUAUCCCCACCGUGUUCGAGAAUUACGUUACCGACUGCCGAGUAGAUGGCAAGUCGGUUCAACUAGCGCUAUGGGACACAGCCGGACAAGAAGACUAUGAGCGAUUACGACCACUAGCAUACUCAAAGGCGCAUGUCAUUCUAAUAGGGUUUUCUGUCGACACGCCAGAUUCUUUGGACAACGUUAAACACAAGUGGGUUACUGAGGCCAAUGAAAGAUGUCCCAAUGUUCCCAUCAUUUUGGUGGGUCUCAAGAAGGAUCUCAGGGGAGAUCCUGUUGCCAUCGAAGAAAUGCGAAAGCGAUCCCAACGAUUCGUGAUGGAGGACGAAGGCCAGAGGAUAGCAAAGGAGAUUGGCGCUCGAAAGUAUCUCGAAUGUUCCAGUCUUACCGGAGAAGGUGUUGACGACGUAUUCGAGGCAGCCACGCGAGCGGCGCUGCUAACGUUUGAGAAGAAGGAAGGAAGCGGGUGCUGUGUGAUUCUAUGAGAGUCCAGGGAUAAGGGGACCCGUAUGAAUCCUCUCCAUUCGCCAUCCUUUCUCUCGAACGAUCGUGCGCAAGAAUUCGACAACCAGCUCUGCUGUAGCAGAGACCAGCGCGAGCAGAACUGGGCGCGGAUGACUGGUAUACAUGGCUUCGAACUCCGCAUGGCUUCAAACUCGAAAGAGAACGGCAGUGGGAAUCGAAUCCACAAAGAUGACUUCCCUUUUGGCUGGGAAGAAUAGAGCAGGGAUAUACACUCACUUGGUUGAAAGGCUCUUCAGCUCAAACUCUGCGUAACUCGAUAGACGCACACGCUCUCUCUCCGAAAUUGUUGAAGCCAGCCGACUUGAAGGGUUCGACCUCGCCUCACACUCUCUCCACAUCGACCUUGCUGCUCAGGACAUCGAAUGUCGGGACGAAAAAUGACCAUAAUGAUCCACAUGGGUUUCAUUUUCACUCAGCCAGAUGCUUCGGCAGGAGAAAAGGACGCGGCACAUGAGAAACUCAUCCAGCCUUUUUCUCAGACAUAUCUUAUGUAUUAAUAUGGCUUUAGACUUUCCUUCGAUUGUCACGGCUUUUUCGUGUUAACUAACUAAACAGCGGGUUCGGAUGACUUUGGGCAACCCAAUGUGGUUGGCGCAUGUUUUACUGUCCGGGUUUCGUAUCUCACACCUUUAGCAUUAUUCAUUUUGCGGCUUGCGGUGAAAUUUGGCAUAAUCUGUGUUAUUUGGGUGUCAAAAAGGAAGAGCGAGACAUGAACGGGGAUUCCAUCUUAGGUUUUUUAUCCAAAUCUUUACAACCCAUGGAAACCGAUUUCUGCAAAAUUACUGAACUGGAAUGGCCACUGAUAGAAGGUCUGGAAAGAAGAACAUGGUGAUGGGAAAGAGGAACAAAGUCAUCAGAUGGCGGAGGCAAUCAUGGUUCUUGAUACUCGGGCAGAUCCAGUCGCAGCAAAAUGAGUUACAAAGAAGAUAGAAUUGUUGGUUAGAUGCCUAUUCUAUGCAACUCGAAAUUCCAUAUACAUCAA